CCCAAAGCCCCAUCUUCAACAACCCAACACUACAAAUCCUAGGAAGGUGCCAUACACUUGACACCUUAAAGCAAGUUCAUGCCCGUAUGCUCACAAUUGGUCUCGCCCUCCACACAUACCCUCUCAGUCGUCUCCUCAUUCAAUCCUCCAAGCUUUCCUUAACCUAUGCUGUUAACAUCUUCAGAAGCAUCCCAAAUCCAACAAUCUUCCUCUUUAAUACUCUUAUUUCUUCUGUCACCAAUCAUCAUAGUGAACAUACUCAUGUAGCCUUCUCACUUUAUAAUCAAAUUCUCUUCCACAAUAACACUACCUUGAGACCCAAUAGUUUCACUUUUCCAUCCCUCUUCAAGGCUUGUGCCUCUGACGCAUGGCUUCAUUAUGGCCAACCCCUUCAUACCCAUGUCUUCAAGUUCCUUGAACCCACAUCUGAUCGCUUUGUCCCAGCCUCUCUGGUCAAUUUCUAUGCUAAAUGUGGGAAAUUAAACCAGUGUAGGUAUCUGUUCAAUCAAAUCUGCGAACCUGAUCUGGCCAUGUGGAACACUUUGUUAGCUGCUUAUACACGUAAUGCUAGUUUUGAAGAUGCUGAUGUGUCUUUAGACGUACUGCAUGGGUUCAAUGAGAUGCAGGAGUCUCAAAUACGGCCUAAUGAAGUUACAUUUGUGGCUUUAAUUGGAGCUUGUUCUAAUUUAGGUGUUCUUAGUCAAGGUAUGUGGGCACAUGCUUAUGUCUUAAGGGACAAUAUUGUGGUAAACCGAUUUGUGGGUACUGCAUUAGUGGACAUGUAUUCCAAAUGUGGCUGCGUGAACCUUGCCUACCAAGUGUUUGAUAAAAUGCCUGAAAGGGACACAUUUUGUUAUAAUGCAAUGAUUGGCGGGUUUGCGGCUCAUGGUCACGGGCAUCAGGCACUUGAACUUUAUGAGAACAUGAAACCUAAGGGGUUGGUUCCUGAUAGUGCAACCAUUGUAGUUACUUUGUUUGCCUGUUCUCAUGUUGGAUUGGUGGAGGAAGGUUGUGAAAUAUUUGAGUCCAUGAAGGAGGUUCAUGGUAUUGAGCCAAAGCUUGAGCAUUACGGCUGCCUAGUUGAUCUUCUUGGUCGAGCAGGACGUCUAAAUGAGGCAGAGAAGACGGUGCAGAAAAUGCCCAUGAAGCCAAAUGCAAUAUUGUGGAGGGCUUUACUUGGGGCAGCAAGACUUCAUGGAAAUAUAGAGGUAGGUGAAGUUGCACUCAAGCAAUUAAUGCAAUUAGAACCAGAAACUAGUGGAAACUACGUGCUUCUGUCCAAUAUGUAUGCUAAUUUCAACAGGUGGGAUGACGUGAAAAGAGUGAGAAUUCUAAUGAAACAUCGAGGUGUUGACAAAAUUCCUGGAUUUAGCUUAGUUGAGAUUGGUGGGGCCAUGCAUAAGUUUCUCACAGGUGAUAAAACUCAUCCAUUUUCUAAAGAGAUAUAUUUGAAGAUUGAGGAGAUGAAUAGAAGGCUACAAGAAUAUGGUCACAAACCAAGAACAGCUCAAGUUUUGUUUGACAUGGAAGAAGAAGACAAGGAAGAUGCUCUUUCUUACCAUAGUGAAAGGCUGGCGAUAGCAUUUGCUCUUAUAGCAGCAUCGGAUUCGAGUUCUCCCAUAAGAAUUUUGAAAAACCUUCGUGUUUGUGAGGACUGUCAUGCUGGCACUAAGCUGAUGUCAAUUAUUUAUCGGAUAAAUAUUGUAGUUAGAGAUCGAACUCGCUUUCAUCAUUUCCAAGAUGGGACUUGUUCUUGCAAGGAUUACUGGUGAUGUCUACCAAAGUUAUAAAUACCUGUGCAAUGCAGUUUUGU